AUAUUAGUUGAGAACGAAACCUUGAAGUGUAGCCAGGACAUUUCCUCGAAACGAUGGGCGGCCAUGUAGCUUCAAUAUCUUAUAAAUUAUAUCACUGAACAUAGGUCAAGGUGUAUUCAGUAAACAAAGAUCUGAAGGGCUGUAUAUCCAUCAUCGAACACACUGUGCGUUCAUCACAGUUUGUGACGGAUUACGGAUACGAACGAACUAGCACUUGUUUGGCAGAAUGGGGAGUCACAAUCACGACUUCGAGAAAGGAGAAGAACACAAGAAGGCUGCAUCGAGGCCCUUGAUAUACGCCAUCCUAGCUGGCGCGGUGCUGGUGGCGCUUGGCCUCGCCCUUGGUCUGGGUUUGGGCUUGAGAUCGCUGAACACCGAACAGGAAGAAGUGACGGUGACAGCAACUACCUCGACACCGUCAGUGGAGGAGGCACAUUCAGCAACUGGGACAUACAGAUACGCUUCAGUUGCAUCGGACUCCAAAAUAUGUUCAGAGAUAGGAAUAGACAUCAUGGCGCGCAAGGGCGGGUCGGCUGUAGACGCCGCUAUCGCCUCCAUGCUGUGUACAGGACUGGUACACCGCCACAGCGCCGGGAUAGGAGGGGGGUUCUUCAUGACGAUCUACAACAGAACUUCGGAAACAGUUAAUGUCCUUGAUGCCCGCGAGAGGGCGCCACUUCUGGCCAACCAGACCAUGUACAUCAACAGGACCGACGGCCUGACCUCCACCCUGGGGGGCCUGGCCAUCGCGGUCCCCGGAGAGAUCAAAGGGUACUGGGAGGCGCACCAGCGUUACGGGCGGCUUCCAUGGAGGGACCUCUUCCAGCCCGCCAUCAAACUGUGUCGGGAGGGAGUGCCGGUCUACGAGCCGCUGUCCGUGGCCAUCAACCGGUACCCCGACCUGCUGAAGAACUUCUCUCACUCGAUGUAUUUCGACGCAACCACGGGGGAACCUGUCAAGGUCGGUGAGAAGGUGAAGCUCCCCCUGUUGGCAGACACUCUCAACACCAUCGCUGAGGGGGGACAAUCUGCGUUCUAUAAUGGCUCACUUACUGACAUCAUCGUCAACGAAACUCGGCGAUAUGGCGGAAUAAUCUCCCGGGAGGAUCUGAACCAGUACAACGCCACCUGGAGGACGCCGUUGUCGGUGACCUUGAGAGACAACCUGACGCUGUACUCUGUCCCGCCCCCCGGCAGUGGCGCUGUGUAUGAAUACAUCAUGAAUAUCCUUGACGGUUACGGCUUCACGCCCGACAGUCUGUCGACCAAUGAGAAGAGCGUAUUGACGUAUCACCGGAUCGUGGAAGCCAUGAAAUUUGCCUACGCCAAGAGGACGGAUCUGGGGGACGAGGACUUUGUCGACGUGGCAGAGCUCAUACAGAACAUGACGUCCCGCGACUACGCCGAUUCCAUUCGGGCCAAAAUAAACGACUUCCGCACGGAGGACACCGACUUCUACGGCCCCACCUUCUACGACAGCGUCAAGACGGGGACGACACACACUUCCAUCAUUGACGCUCAGGGCAACGCCGUUGCUAUAACAUCUACCAUCAACACCUAUUUCGGCUCCAAGGUUCGCGGCAACACCACGGGCAUCGCCUACAACAACGAGAUGGACGACUUCUCCACACCUGGGGAGGUCAACUACUUCGGCGUGCCAGCAUCCCCCGCUAAUUUUAUCGAACCUAGAAAACGCCCCCUGUCGUCGAUGUGUCCAAGCAUUGUCAUCGACAGCAACACCGGAGACGUUGUGCUGGCAGUCGGGGCGGCGGGAGGCACAAAGAUCACAACCUCCACUAUGCUGGUGAGCCUGUACACCCUCCGCCUUGGGCUGCCUGUCGGGGCCGCCAUAGACAGCAAGCGGCUCCACCACCAGCUGCUGCCGAAGACCCUCAGCGUGGAGAAGGGAUUUCCCCAGGAAAUUUUGGAUGGAUUAAAGGCCAAAGGUCACAACUUGACCCUCGAUAAUCCGUCGUCAGUUGUCGAUGCGAUUCACGUGACGGGAGGCAUGCUCCACGCCGCCAGCGACAUCCGGAAGUUCGGGGCACCAGAUGGAUAUUGAUGACGUCAUGAUUAGCCGUCCUACCGCAUUCCAAUACAUUGUCACAGAAUCAUUUAACACAUCAGAAUACCAGAGUUGGUCAAACACAUUGCCGGCAUUCUAAACAGUCGAACUGUAGUCUGUGUACGCAAUAAGUAUACACAUUGGUGGGUAUGUAUACUUAUCGAUCUGUACGUAUACUCUUUGAUCAGUACAUAUACACAUAUGUGUUACAUUGAUCGGUGCAUAUACUUAUUGAUCGGUACGUAUACGCGUAGAUCGGUACGUAUACGCAGUGAAUCUUACGUGAACAUGGGCGAUACAGUUUACAUAUGUAAUCAUGAGAAUGUGUGUUACACAGUUUACACGUGUUACCAUGGGAACAUCGGGGAUAUAGUUUACACCUGUUACCAUGGGAAUGUCGGGGUUACAGUUUACACGUGUUAUCAUUCACACGAGGGUCAGUUUACACAUGUUACUAUGGUAACAUGUGUUACAAUUGCUUCAUUUAAACCAAUUCUAUUUUUCAUCGGAUUAUUCCAUUUUUAGAUAUUUUAGUAAACGGUGCAAAUUUAUAUUUUACGUUCGCAUCGUGUAUUCACAGAGUAGGGAGCAGAAUUAUAGUUCAACGAUUGAUUACAAGUGUCUCGGGACGAAGAUGUAAUCUUGUCUAAAAACCGGUUAAGCAAACAGCAAUGUAAGGUCUACUGACAGACAAACAGACAGAUAGACAGUCAGACUCACUAUCUAUUCACUAUUAUACAAAAAUAUACCUGCAGGAGUGAAAAAUAUGACAAUUCCUUCGUCGCACAACACGGUUUUCCCCGGAAACACACGAGUGGUCACGGGUGUGCGAAUAAGUUGCGUCCAUUAUGAGCGUCCUUUAAUGGUGUAGCAUGAGACUAGGUCAUGUCUCUGUGACCAGAGUCUUCUAUCACAGCAUUAUACUACACAGUAAACCAGUUGUUUUGCUUGGUUUCCGGCCCGCUGGCAGGAAGUGGAAUACAUCGCCCUGUUAUCUCCCUGUUAUCUCCCUGUCGCGUGUGAAGUAACCUGUUGACUAUAUAUAUUUAUACAUCCCUUAAACAAAGUGAUACAAAUAGAGAGGCACUUCAUCAGCUGGUGUUUUGUAACACCACUUGAACAUCAAGAUUUUACAUGGUUAUCCUUUUAUGUCAUGGUUCAUUUUUAGAAUAUAUCCAUGUUUGUUUUCUUUGUACAUCUUUUUUACGGAUAUUAAAUAAUAAAUUGAUGAA